GAAAAGGAUCAUAUCUAUUAUACCGUUAUUACAGUUAUUAUUAUUAUUAUUUAGCACCCUUCUUUUUCCCUUCUUUUCUUCAUUUUCUCGUUCCACUGCUUUGCAAUUUGCAUUUGCAAAGAUGAUGUGUGGGGAGACGAUGAUGAGCCAUGACAUCUGGCCAUCUGGGCUGCGGGUACUGGUCGUGGAGAGCGAUCCUCUCUCUCUCCUUCUCAUACAACAUCUGCUGCAGCAGUGCAACUACAAGGUGACUAGUUGCAGACUGGCGGCAGAAGCGAUAUCUUUGGCAGUAGAAGAUCGACAGAGAUUCGACAUAGCUAUCAGUGACGUUCUCUUACCGAAUGAAGAGGGUUUCCUUGUCUUGAAAGUUCUUGCUCUUCAGCUUGAUAUCCCUGUUGUGAUGAUGUCGUGGAACGGAGAAACGAACAUCGUGAUGAAAUACAUUGUCCAUGGUGCUUGUGAUUUUCUGAUCAAGCCUCUGAGACUCAAGGAGCUGAAAAAUAUAUGGCAACACGUGUUACGUAAAGCAAGGAGAGAACAAUCCAUGGAUGGAUUGAAAGGGACUACAGUGACGAGUUCGACGGACGGAUUGAAAAGUUCAGGCUCUAAAGCAGUUGAAAGCUCUAGAAAGAGGAGUGGGCCAUCUUCACUAUCUAUGGAAGUGGCUGAAGAAGUCAUCAGUGAUGUUCGUGGCCUCAAGAAAGCUAGGUUACAUUGGACGAAGCAGCUCCAUCAUCAGUUCGUCUGUGCAGUGAAUGCACUUGGGAUUGAGAAAACUGUUCCGAAGAAAAUCUUAGAGACCAUGAAAGUCGAGCAACUCACAAGAGAGCACGUUGCAAGUCAUUUGCAGAAGUACCGGUCAUAUUUGAAGAAGCUGAGCUCGUCCUUGCCACAACAUUGCGACAAAUCAUCAGCCCACCAGGUAAGCUUGGCGUUGGGAACUAAACAAAAGAUCGAUGAUGCAACCUUAAAAUCAUUGCAGCAAUUCGUAGCGAUGGAGAAGAGGAAUGCCGCCUACCAAGCUGAGAUUAGCAAAAGUUUGAAAUCCAAGAGUGAAAGCGGACCAUCAGCAUUAACCCAACAAAAUAAUGGCAUUGCUGUGGAAGAUGAUUUUUUCGAUGAGCUAAUUGGACAGUUUGGUAAGGGCUCUCCACAACAAGCAUCUGCGGUGACCGGUAUUCAUGUUGAGUCUCCAACUGAUGGAAGUGCAUUCUUAUAAUUUGUAGAGAAAUGCAAGGUGACUCAUGCCUGGAUAGAUUGAACGAAGGAUAUUGAGUUUUUCCAAAAUAAAAGAAAAAAAGAAGUUGGAUUUCUCAUAUAUGAAAUCGGAAAAAAUAAAUAAAA